UGAUUCUUCCUCAACAAAGAUUAUAUAGCUACGAAGAAGAAAAUACAACCCCAUGGCUUGUUUGAGUGGACAUGAUCAAAAGAAACACUGGUGGCUUACCAAUCGAAAGGUUGUUGAUAAGUACAUUAAGUGUGCGAGGAGCCUCAUUGCGACGCAAGACCAGAACGAGAUCGUUUCGGCUCUGAAUCUCCUCGAUGCAGCGUUGGCUCUGUCGCCUCGUCUGGAGAUUGCCCUUGAACUCAAAGCGAGAUCUUUAUUGUACCUGAGGCGUUUCAGGGAAGUCGCUGACAUGCUCCAACACUAUAUUCCGAGUCUCAAAAUGUCCAGCGACGACUCUGGCUCGGUUUCCUCGGAUAACUUGUCUCAACGCUUGUCGAGGGAGCGAGUCAAGCUUCUCCCUUCCGAUAACUCCUCGUCCGACUCACCUGGCCGUGACCCGUCUUUCAAGCGUUUCUCUAUUUCGGAAUUGAAGAAGAAAGUCAUGGCUGGAUUGUGGAAAAACUGCGAGAAAGAAGGCCAAUGGAGGUACUUGGUUCUAGGCCAAGCAUGUUGUCACCUAGGCCUAAUGGAGGACGCCAUGGUUCUCCUUCAAACCGGCAAGCGCCUCACUUCCGCCGCAUUCCGCCGCAAGAGCUUUUCCUUGUCCGAAGACAGCUUCUCCCUUCCCAGCACUAUCCCCGCAUCCGACAUCUCCUCCGCCACCACGACGCCUCCUUCCACGCCGCCACGCAAUUCCACUCCAUUCUCUGAAUCUGAAAACAUAUGUCAGCUUCUAUCACAUAUCAAACUCCUCAUCCGCCGUCGGACUGCUGCCAUUGCUGCAUUGGAUGCAGGCUUACACUCCGAAGCCAUCCGCCAUUUCUCCAAAAUUGUUGACGGGCGACGCCCAGCCCCUCAAGGCUUCCUUGCAGAGUGUUAUAUGCAACGAGCCUCGGCUUACAGGGCUGCUGGACGCAUUGCCGAGUCGAUCUCAGAUUGCAACAAAACUCUUGCACUUGAUCCAUUUUGCAUCCAAGCUCUCGACACCAGGGCGUCACUUUUCGAAACAAUACGAUGUUUGCCGGACAGUUUACAUGACCUCGAACACUUGAAACUGCUUUACAAUACCAUUUCGAUAGACAGGAAGCUUCCAGGACCUGUCUGGAAGCGUCAUUAUGUGUGUUACCGGGAGAUUCCCGGGAAGCUUUGUGCAUUAACGACUAAAAUUCAACAAUUGAAGCAAAGGGUUGCUUCUGGUGAGACUGGAAAUGUUGAUUACUAUGCAUUGAUUGGCUUAAGGCGAGGGUGUUCAAGGUCUGAAUUAGACAGAGCUCAUUUGUUACUAUCUCUGAGGCACAAACCGGAUAAAGCUACCAAUUUUAUUGAACGAUGUGAAUUCGCCGAUGAGCGUGAUCUCGACUCGGUUAAAGACCGAGCCAAGAUGUCGGCAUUGCUUCUUUACCGAUUACUUCAAAAGGGUUAUUCCAGCAUGAUGGCUACCAUUAUCGAAGAAGAAGCGGCCGAGAAGCAAAGGAAGAAAGCCGCGGCCGCAUUACAAGCAGCACAGGCAGCAAUUCAAGUUCAGCAGACCUAUUAUUCCAGCAGUAAACAGGAACCCGAAACCAGCCCUACUUCGACAACAAAUUCAUCGAACGUUUCUAGCUGCAAAACCAGGGUUAAAUCCAGUGAAAACGAAGCCAAAACAACUAGUUCCGAUGCGAAUGUGUUCCAAGGUGUAUUUUGCAGGGAUCUCACCGUUGUUGGGAUUUUGCGAUCACAAGUUGGGUUUAAUCGACCACUCCCAGUGAAAUACGAGGCACUAAGCUGCUGACUUUGUCAUUGGAAAUCGAUUAAAAAAACACAAGUUUUCUCCAGAUAUUUUUACCGGCCGUGGAAUCUCUGCUUCACUGUCUCCCAUUUGUACAAAUAUGAUUAAAUUGUCUGCCGGCAAAUUUUGUCGCCCUAUUUCUUUAAUGUCAACCACUACCCUGUACAUUAC